UAGACGAAGGAGAAUCGUUACUGACAUCCAGUGAUCAUUAUACCCAGGAAUCUCGAUGAUCAACAGCAUAGACCAGCCAUGCCGUGGUCGUUUUGUGCGCAUGCUCUGUGGGAUGGCUCCCUAACCUGGAACAGUUCUUACCCCGAAUUCACUGAGUGUUUCCAGAAUACAGUCCUUGUUCUUGUUCCCUGUGGCUGGCUAUGGGUUACCUCCCCUUUCUACUUAUGCUACAUUUACACCCGCAGUCGUCCCCCUUUGCGCAUCAGUAGACUGAGUGUUGCCAAAUGUGUAUUGGGCAUUGUUGUGGCAAUUUUCUCCGUAGUAAAAGCUGUACAGGCAUUAUCCCGGCACACAGCUUUGGGCGAGUAUGAAGGAACAGCCGACAUUAUCUCUCCUUUCAUAAGAGCAGCUACUAUGAUAUUUGCUGCUCUCUUAGUUCUCAUAGAUCUUAAGAGAGGCUCUCUCACUUCAGGAAUGUUGUGGAUUUUUUGGUUCCUGGAAGUAGUGGCAGGAAUUAGUCCAUUUUAUACAGACAUAAUACAGCAGAAAUAUGAAGACAAGAAUGAGUUAGUGAAUUUUGUGAUUUUCUAUAUUGACUACGCUUUUGUUGUUGUACAGUUUGUAUUACAUUGUUUUGCUGAAAAACCACGAUUUUUACGGCCCACGAGACGGAAACAGUCACCGGAAACAAGUGCUUCGUUUUCAUCAUUAUUCUCAUUUUCUUGGGUAACUCCAUUUAUUGUGAAAGGGUAUAAAAAGACGUUAGAAGAAGACGAUGUAUGGGAUCUAGUAGACUCUGACAAAUGCCAUCAAGUUGUCCCCAAGUUUGAAAGAGUUUGGUAUCGAGAAUUGGACAAGUGUAAGGAUAUAAGGGUGAAAUCAGGUUUGAGUGAAAAAGUGAGAAGAAUUCAGCCAGUUUCUGGUAUUAACCAGGUACAACCCGAAAUCAACAUCAGUCAGGACGAUUUCGAUGAUAGAACUCACCUCCUAAACGGGAGAACUCCGACAGGGGGGACCAUUUCAGAGAGGAAACAACGACAGCCUUCACUACUGAAAGUGCUCGCCAAAGUUUACGGAAAAGAUGUUUGUAUUGCACACUUUCUGAAACUCAUCAAAGAUCUUCUGACGUUUGUCAACCCAAUACUGCUUAGAAUGCUGAUUGAAUUCACGGACAGCGUCAAACCGGGAAAAGUCAGACAGCAAACAUGGCGGGGAUAUACCUACGCCGUCGCCAUCACCAUGGUUACCGCUAUCUUGAUAAUUCUUGAACAGCAGUGUUUUUAUCGUAGCUUUCGAAUUGGCAUGCGCAUUCGAGCUGCUCUUAUUUCAGCCAUAUACAAGAAGGCUCUCUCUAUGAACAAUCUGGCGCGGAAGGAAUCCUCGGUAGGUGAGAUCGUCAACCUUAUGUCCGUGGAUGCAUACAGAUUCGAGGAGUUGCUAGAAAACCUCUGGGCCAUAUGGUCCGGGCCGCUUCUCAUCAUUCUCUCUAUUUACUUCCUGUAUCAAACUGUCGGCCCGUCAGUAUUCGCGGGAGUCGGGAUCAUCGUCGUUCUGUUUCCGAUAAACGCCUUAAUCAUGGCUAAGGCGCAGUCGUAUCAAGAGAAACAGAUGACGCUCAAAGAUGGACGAAUAAAACUGAUGAAUGAAGUGCUGAACGGAAUAAAGAUGCUGAAACUCUACGCCUGGGAAUUGUCCUUCCGAGAGAAGAUUCUGGCAAUUCGGAACGAAGAGCUGAAGGUCAUCCGAAAGGCGGGGCUUCUCCAGGGAUUCGGCAUUUUCUCCUGGACUCUCGCUCCUUAUUUGGUUUCCUUGGCAACCUUUGCCACUUACAUCUACGCAUCAUCAGACCACUUCCUUGACGCACAGACAGCAUUUGUGGCCAUCUCGCUGCUCAACAUUUUGAGAUUUGCCAUCAACCUCACUCCCACUGUCCUGACAGACUUCGUCAGGUCGCUUGUGUCUUUGAGAAGAAUCACGAAGUUUUUAUGUCAUGAAGAUCUGGACUUGGAUGCUGUGCAGAAGAGUUCUCUGGAAGAUGAUGCCGUUGUUAUAGAGAAUGGAACCUUUUCUUGGGACCAUACAAUGGGAGCUUGCCUCAAGGGUAUCAAUGUCCAUAUAGAGGAGGGUGGACUAGUGGCUGUGGUAGGGCAGGUGGGUGCUGGGAAGUCCUCACUGUUGUCUGCCAUGCUGGGAGAGAUGAAUAAAGUGUCAGGACGGAUCAAUGUCAAGGGUAAAUUUGCAUAUGUACCACAACAAGCCUGGAUACAGAAUGCCACCGUGCAGGACAACAUCCUGUUUGGGGCAGAGCUGCGCCCCGGGGUGUACCGUCAGAUCAUAGAGGCUUGUGCCCUUGGUCCAGACCUGGACAUACUGCCUGCUAAAGACCAGACAGAAAUAGGAGAGAAGGGCAUCAACCUAAGCGGGGGUCAGAAGCAGCGGGUGAGUUUGGCCCGUGCCGUUUACAACGACGCGGAUGUCUACUUGAUGGAUGACCCACUCAGUGCCGUGGAUUCACAUGUGGGCAAGCACAUCUUUGAUCAUGUGAUGUCCUCACAGGGUAUGCUGAAGGGAAAGACCCGUGUUCUCGUGACUAGCGGCGUGCACUGGCUCCCCCUGGUGGACAAGAUUGUCGUACUGGUCGACGGGGAAAUUUCUGAGGUCGGGUCGUACGAUGAGCUGAUGACCCACGAUGGGGCGUUUGCUCAGUUCUUGAAAGCCUAUCAUCUGGAGAAAGACACAGAUGAUGGCGAAGAAGACGAAAAUUCAGCCACUUGUCGAUCAGAGAUGCUAGACAGGAUAUAUUCUGUGACUUCUGAUAAAGAUCGACAUGAAGAAAGGAGGGAACGCGGUCAGAGAAAAUUCACGGGAAGCCUGUCACGAGAGGGAAAACUUACGGACAAAGAGCCAUCUUCUACGGGGAUCCAGGAUCGACUCAUAGACGAGGAAACUGCUCAAGUUGGUGCUGUGAGCUGGAAGGUGUAUCUGACGUAUUUUCGCGCGCUGGGCGUUCCAUUUGCCCUGCUCCUCUGUGGUCUCUACGUCAUGUAUGACGUCAGCAUGAUCUUCAGCAACAUCUGGCUCAGCCAUUGGACGACGGAUGCAGUCUUGACCAAUCGCUCUCUGCCGUCAGACAGCCCGGUGUACAGAGAGAAAAACGACUACUACUUGGGGAUCUAUGGGGGACUAGGUAUAGGGCAGGGUAUCUGUGUGGUAACAUUCUCUUUCCUGAUGGCCAUUCGCAUGACAUGUGCGGCAUCAAAACUCCACGCUGACCUCCUAAUGAACGUGUUACGCUCACCGAUGGCGUUCUUCGACACGACGCCCAUCGGCAGAAUUGUCAACCGGUUCUCCAAAGACAUCGACUCGGUGGAUGAAGAACUCUCCAAUCUGCUAGGUCUGUGGUUAGACUCGGCGUGCUUUGUUCUCAGCAUCCUCGUCAUCAUUGCCUACAGCACGCCUAUCUUCCUUUCACUGAUUAUGCCGUUGUGUUUGCUUUACUACAUCAUUCAGAGAUUUUAUAUCAGCACAUCUCGACAAUUAAAGCGCCUGGAGUCGAAAACGCGUUCUCCGAUCUUUAGCCAUUUCAGUGAGACCAUCAGCGGCGCCAGUGUGAUUCGUGCGUUUGGGGCGGAGCGCAGGUUCAUCGAGGAGCAACAGAGCCAAGUUGACCAUAACCACAUGUUUUAUUUCGCCGGAGUUGGUACAGAUAGAUGGUUGUGCUUUUUCCUGGAAAUGGUGGGCAACAUGAUCGUGCUGGCCGCCGGCAUGUUUGCCGUCUCACAGAGAGGUGUCAUUCAGGGAGGCCUGGUGGGGCUCUCAGUAUCCUACGCUCUAGAGAUCACAGAGGCGUUGACCUGGCUGGCACGACUGGCUUCUGCAGUGGAGACAAAGAUUGUGUCUGUAGAAAGGAUAAAUGAAUACACGGAAGCAAUUACAGAGGCUCAGUGGUACGAUGAGAACAGAAAGCCGCCACAUGACUGGCCAGACAAAGGGGUGAUCAGGCUAGAGAACUACGCCACAAGAUAUAGGCCCGGUCUUAGCCUUGUGCUGAAAGGGAUUACAGCUGAUAUUCAGGCUGGAGAGAGGGUGGGAGUUGUGGGAAGAACAGGCGCCGGCAAAUCGUCGCUGACUCAUUCGUUGUUUCGUCUUAUCGAACCUGAAGGGGGUGCUAUAGUCAUCGAUGGACAGAAUAUCGCUGAUCUGGGAUUACAUGACUUAAGAUCAAGAAUUACAAUCUUGCCUCAGGACCCAGUUCUCUUCUCCGGAACUCUGCGGAUGAACCUCGACCCGUUCGAUCGUUACCAUGACGACCGGAUUUGGCAGGCGCUGGAGCAUGCUCACCUGAAGGGGUUUGUGGAGGGAUUACCUGAGCGUCUGCAGCACGAGUGUGGGGAAGGAGGACAAAACCUCAGUGUUGGACAGAAACAGCUUGUUUGCUUGGCAAGAACUCUGCUCAGGAAAACUAAAAUCCUUGUCCUGGACGAAGCCACAGCUGCCGUCGACAUGGAAACCGAUGAUCUCAUUCAGGCGACGAUACGUGAGGAGUUCAAGGACUGUACGAUCUUAACCAUCGCCCAUCGCCUCAAUACUGUCAUGGAUUACGAUAGAAUCCUCGUCCUGGACAACGGCAUGAUCAGCGAGUUUGAUUCCCCGUCUGUCUUACUACAGAACAAAGUGGGCUUGUUCUACAGUUUGGCCAGGAAUGCUGGUCUGGCGUGAUGCAUGAUUGGAACACUCAGAUGUACUAUGGUGUCAUUUACCGAGGACGGCCAAUAAAAUCGACUUCUUUGGCACACUCCACGACUUACAAGUUUAAUAUUUUGAUGUUUUCUGAAACACAUAUUUCUUCAGUCUGC